GGCCGAGGAUCCCAGGCUCGGUACGUUCCGGUAGAGGAGCAGAGCGAGGAAGAUAAGAGGUGGAUGAGGGAGGCACUGGAAAUGGCCGAAGAGGCGUUGGGGGCGUUCGAAGUUCCUGUCGGCAGUGUUUUCGUAAGGAACGGUGAAAUUAUUGCAAAGGGGAGGAAUAGAACGAAUGAGCUGAUGAAUGCCACAAGACAUGCUGAGCUCGAGGCCAUAGACGAGAUUCUCAAGAGAUACCCUCCACAAGCCCCGAAUUUCCCAUUGCAGCCGCACUCAGGCCCUCCGGGCGAUAACGUUCUUAAGGAAACGACCUUAUAUGUCACGGUCGAGCCCUGCAUCAUGUGCGGCUCGGCGCUACGGCAAGCAGGUAUCAAGCGCGUUGUCUUUGGUGCCGGAAACGAGCGUUUUGGCGGAAACGGGAGCGUCCUGGGGACGCACGAUGACCAGGAGCUCGGAAGUGCGCCACCCUACGAGGCUGUUGGGGGCUACUAUCGCGAGGAGGCAAUACUUCUUCUUAGGCGGUUCUAUCUCACGGAGAAUUCCAACGCACCCAUCCCCAAAAACAAGGCGAAGAGAGUGCUGAAGACGGAGAUUCAGCCGCCAGGAAUCAGCAUGCACGCGCCUGUGGCCCAACAAAAAGCAAAACAGGUGGCUCAGAGUGUGGACGAUGACCACAUCGCGGCUGCGCCUGGAGGCACUGUUGGCGGGACGGACGACGCGCCGAAGUCGUAGCUGCUCCAUCCUCGAUCAAUCAGCACGAGCAAGUCGCAUCAUGUAAAUGUUGAGCUGCAUCCUGCAUCGCCUGAAUGAAGCAUUCAGAUAUUGGA